AUGGCGAAUGUGGGCAAAGUUUUAGCUACAAUAAAAGCGGUUAUUACUAGAUUAGUAUUUGCCUGUCACGGGAUCAUAGCUAUAUGGCAAGUAACUGUGUUCAAAGAUAGUAAUGAAUUCUGGUAUUUAGCGUCUCCUAUACUAUUGCUGCUUGUCGAAGGUGUCUUCACGUUGACCAUCAAAGAAAACCAGGAGUGGAAAUGGUUCUGCCCAUCGGUGUUCAUCUACCUGGGGCUGGUGGUGCCGGCGAUAUGGCUGCUGGAGCUCCACAAGGUGGACCUCAGGCUGGCGGCCAACAGCACCAGCGUCGACGUCGCCGCCAAACACGCGCUCGGCAACACGACGGAGAUCAUCUUCCCCGGCGCCAACCGCAUCCCCACAGACAUGUGGGUGACGCUGAUUGAACAGUUCUUGAUGCUGACGCUCAUCGUGGGUCGCUGGCUGCUGCCCAAAGGAGACCUCACCAGGGAUCAGCUCAGUCAGCUGCUACUCGUUUACAUUGGUACAGCAGCUGACAUAAUCGAGUUCUUCGACUCGUUCAAGGACGAGAAGGUGGCCUCGGAGAAGGCGCUCGUGCUUCUCACGCUGGCCAUCUGGUCGUGGUCCCUGGUGCAGUUCACGGUGGUCCUCACCGCCACCAAGUCCAGGAAGUCGCGAGGCACCGCCAAUAGGAAUACGUCGCGCGCAUGCUGUUGCUCCAUAGAGGUGUGCGCCAUCAUAAUGAACAUAGCUCUGCAGGAUGCGCCGUUCCUGGCCUUCCGACUCCUCAUCAUCGCCCACUACAAGAUCAUCAACUAUAUGAACAUAUUCUUCACUUGCAAGAAUACUUUGGUAAUACUCCUGCAGAUCUAUCGGCUAUACGUGUUGCACCUGGAGACGGUGGACGAGGGAGCUGGUGGCUCCGUCUACAGGAAGAAGGACAGAGAGGGAAAGAAACAUAAGUCUUCAGAAAGGAAAGACAAGGACAAAAAACACCACAAACAUCACAAGUCAAAGAAACACAAGAAGAAGCACGAAGACGUCUCCAUAUCUGUCAUCAGCGACCCUCGAAGGCACGACCGGGUGGACGGCGGGCGGAUCAGAGCAAUAAUCCUGACAAACAAUGAUGAAAUCAAGGAGUUGGAGCUCCACAAAUUGUUUAAAGACCAGUUGUCUAUAGACAACGAGAAGAAGAAGAGUAAAAAAAAGCAGAAAUCGGAGUCAUCAGAGGAGUCUCUGAACAACAUCCAGCAUACUACUGACGACUCGGGCAUUUGACACCACCGGGUCCGCCGCGAGAGCCCGAGGCGGAGCCCUAAGCGGCACGACGACAAGAAAAAGAAAAAAAAGCCACCGUCAACGGAAUCUAGUGUCAGUGACAGUUCUAGUUGAACGUAAGACGAGGCUGAAUGGGUUUUGAUACUGUGUCUUUUUGAAAAGAAAAAAGUUUUGGCGGGUAAAUUGUUGGAUAAUGGCGGACGGAAAGUUCGUCGCCUUUCUUGAAGGAGAUUUGAAGGUAACA